ACCUAGCUCUCCAGCAAUCCUGCAAGUCUCCUUGCAUCACUAGUAUUUUUCAAUGAGCCGCUUGAAUCGGUCACAAUUUUCCUUUCCUGAUUUUCCUUUUGGACCUUCGACAGGGUGACCCCUAAUCAUACAGUGAAUAGGACAAAUACUGUUACAGCGAAUCCAACAUGGGACCCAACAUUCAACAUCCCUGCCCUCAAAAUUCUCGAAGCCAGAAACAAAAGCCCAACCCCAAAGGCGACAACAAUCAUCCAUGGCUUUUUCCCUCUCUUCUCUCUCCAAAUCACUUUCCUCCCUCCUCCCUCAGCAGCCACCACCAAACUCCCCUUCCCUCCGCUCACCACCACCAACUCUCCAACUCCCCAGAAAAUCAUCAGGUUUUGCCCCACUGAUUUCCAUCCUGGACCCCAAACCAACAUCAUCAUCAACUUGUCUUUCGUCCUCUUUGACAACAGCUGAUGAGAUCGCCGCUAUAACAUGCCCAUCCUUUGCAUAUGCAAAUACCCUGUUCUUCAAAUCGGGUUGCUAUAAUGUUCAGGUCGUGGUGGAGGAGAAUGAGCCCGAGGAGAGGCUGUUAGCUCGGUUCAGAAGAGCCGUGUUUAAGGCGGGUAUUCUCCAGGAAUGCAGAAGGAGGAGGUUCUUUGAGAAUUCACAGGACAAAAGGAAGCGUAAAAAAAGAGAGGCUUCUAAAAGGAACCGCAAAAGACGGCCGCAACCUAAGGUUUCAGCACAAGCCAAAAAGGAAACCCCUAAGAAGAAAGUUGAUGAUGAAGAUGAUAAUUGGGAGCUUCCUGAAGGAAACCUGCCCUACUAACCACAUUUGGUCUGGAAUUCUGUAGCUUGUACCUAACGUCAGGUCAAACUUAAAGAAGAUUUUUACAUUUGUCAAAUUUGCAAAUAAUAUUUUUUUUGUUUGAAAGGGAAAUUUAUCAUUUGUAAGCAAAAUGUUAAGAGGCUUGUAAUUAAUUACCAAUCUUAAUUUUUCACGAACUUAUUUUGAAUGUUUGUUGACAUAAAAUGCUUCACAUGCCCGUGAAAAAGAUGUUGGUUCAAUUAAUCUUUGAGCUUAGAAAAGGGAACAUUCUUGGAUUGUCAGUUUGAAAUGAUCUAGGUUUAUGUUUGAAUGAUUUACUUUUGUGGGAUUGGCAUUUUCAUCUUUUUGAAGGGAAGGGUAAUGAAAAAUUCAAGGUUUUUCCAAAAAUAGUGGUUGCAUUUCUAGAGGAAUUUUGAAUUGUUUUCUGCACAGGAAAAGUGAACAAAUUUAGAACCAUGAAUCUUGGAGAUAUUUACAAAAUGAUGUUGAAAGCCUUUGACAAGGACUUGGUGAACAACUUCAAAAAGUUAAAGAAACCAUGCUCAUACUCUUUUUUUGGAUUCUAAAUCAAAUGUUCUUUUAAGGACUCCACAUUUCUUUGUAAUCAUAAGAAAAAGAAGCAUUUUAGAAAAUUCAAACUUCUCAUAAACUCAUAUUUCUCCAAAUCUAAAAAAUUGUUCAAAAAAGAAAAAAUGCCUAAAAGAUUCCAAAGAUUUAACUUUGCAAGAAAGAAGAGAGACCCAAAGUUCAAAAGUUUAAAAUGUUUUUUCUGUGCAAAAUCAAGACAUUUUGCAAAGAAUUGUACAAAGUCAGACAAAAGAUCAAUCAAGAUAAUCCAAGACAUUGCUAAUAUCUUUGGUAUUAAUUUUUUUUAUGAUGAUCUUGAAUCAAUCUUCUUCUUUAAUGAUGAGCAAAAUGAAAAAUUUAUUCACUUUUCUUAUGCAGAAAAUCAUUUAUAAUUUCUUCAAAAAUGCAAUCAAACUCUUUGGAAAAACUUUAAAUUUUUCAUUACCUUUUUUUUUUAAAAAAGAUGAAAAUGUCAAUCCCACAAAAGCAAGUAAUUCAAACAUGAACUUAGAUCAUUUCAAAUUAGCAAUCCAAGAAUAUUUCUUUCUCCAAGCUUUGAUACCAUUCUAACAUAGUGACAGAUAGUAGUGCCAAGGCUUUGGUAAUUUACGACUUUAGUUAUGGACUUUUCGGAUGGUAGAGUCAUGACAAUACUAUUUGAUGUUAUUUCAACAGUAUACGGAUCGGUUGUUUUAUCAAGAUAAUACCAAACAUAAGUGGUCCAUAGAUCAGAUAUAUAAUCAAGGUCUUUUAGUCGAUGUUUAAGACUCUAGCGCCCUCCUGGUUUAAUAUCGAAUUAAUGGCCUGACUUUUAUAGAGAGAUGCCUUUCACUAUAAUAACUUAUUUUAAUAUGAUCUUGGUAUAGUAACUUUUCUUUGCUGAGAGAGUGGAUCAAUGAUCUGUUUAAUAGUUUUACAAGAAUUUUUUAUACAAAAGAUUCAUAAUAUUAUGAUAACUAUAGAGCAUACUCAACUUGUAUUACUGUAAACUAUGAAAUAUAUUGAAAAAACAUGAAACUAAAACUUUAACUAUGGAAAAAGGAUGAAGAAAUUACCAAAAAAGAAGGGAGUUUUUAGCCAAACAUAUUUAUUAUAAAAGGAUUCUAAACUUUUUUUAAACUUACUUCAAGCUUACUUGUUCCUUUUUUUCCAAAAAACAAGUACAAUAAUUUCUUGAUGUAGUCAAUUACAUGAUUGAAUUUCUCUCAGAUUUUAUACAGUUAACUCAUCUCAAACAUAUAUUAAAGAAAAAGCCACCCAUGUGAUCUCAAAAGCAGACAAAAGUAGUACAGAUAUUGAAUAUAAAAGCACAGUCCCUUUCAACUUUAAAGAUUCCUUCAGAUAGAAAAAAGAUAUUG